GUGACUCCUGAUACAGAGUGUAAGCCGGGUUGUUUGAUUCGACAAAGAUUUUGCUCUUCUACAAAAUCUCUCGACUACCAGAACCUAACCACCAACGCACCACUUCUUCACGUACAACAAGGUACGACACUGAACCAAGCACACGAGACACGAUCGCCGGUGCAUUCACAACAUCCACGCACACUCGACCUCACCCACGAGCACGAGUGAACACACGUUAAGGCACAUAACCUUUUACACACUCACACACAACAACACCAUGUCUUCACGUGGAGGCGGUCGCGGUCGCGGUGGCAAGUUCAACAAAGUCAAGCGCGGAGGAGGCCACAAGUUUUCAAGAGACCUGCAGCCGCUCAACGCAGAUGGCGAGGUCGCAGGCAUGUGGGGCGAGCCCGUCGAAAAGGUGGAGGAUGAAUCCAGCGAAGAGUCCUCUGAGGAAGAUUCCAGCGAGGACGACGAAGACAAGCCAAAGGAGGAGGAGAUGACCCGUGAGCAGCGCCGCGACGCCGCGAAAGCCCGCAAGCAAGCAGCGAUAGCGAAGAAGAACAAGAUCGAGGUCGGCGACAUGCCCACGUCAGACGAAGAGAGCAGCGACGACAACAUGCCCGCGAACCCCAACCACACUGCCAAAGCCCGCCAACAGGCCUCGAAGGCGCCUGUCGACCCCGAGGCAGCCCCAGCAGCUGCCAACAAGGGCAAGGCCAAGCAGGAUACCUCUCAACUGUCCCGUCGUGAGCGCGAGGCUCUUGAGAAGCAACAAGCGAAGGAGCGUUAUGACAAGCUACACGCAGAGGGUAAGACUGACCAAGCGCGUGCCGAUCUCGAGCGUCUCAAGCUCGUCAAGGAGCGCCGUGAGGCCGAGGCUGCGCGCAAGAAGGCUGAGGCUGAGGAGCGUGCGGAGCUGGAGAAGGAGAAGGCUGAGCUUAUGGCGCGCGAGGCUCGCAGGAGAGAGCAGGCUAUGGGCAAGGCCAACCGCUUGGCCAAGGGUGGAAAGAAGAAAUAAACCGUUGUUGAGGUUUCUGUCAAUUGCGAGCAUGCAUGCACUUACUACUACAUAUCUUGCGCGUAUGUGUGGUCUGGUGACUGCGUUAUGCAUAGCAUGCGGAUGGAUUGGUUCGCUGCUUUUGCGGUUGCUAGUGGUAGAUGUGCA